CCAAAGGCGAACCCGUAGACGGAGGCUGGUGCCAUCGAACCGGCUCUUGUGUGUGUGUGUGUGUGUUUGCACCGACCCUGCCGGGCGGCGCCAUGGUUACGGCAUUGAUAGCCGGGCUCGCUCGCUUCAGGACGGCGGCGGGUGUAGCGGUGGUGGGUACUGGUUGUGCUCUGCUCGGCGCGCGUCACCUCUCCGUCAUGGCAGCGGCGAAGGACGCGGCGUCCAUCUACGCCUUCACGUGCCGUGACAUCGACGGCAACGAGGUGCCGCUCUCGCGGUACGAGGGUAAGGUGUGCGUGGUGGUCAACGUGGCCUCCAAAUGAGGCAAGACCCCGACCAACUACCGGCAGUUGGUCGAGCUGCACGACAAGUACAGCGAGCAGGGUCUCAGCAUCCUGGCAUUCCCGUGCAACCAGUUCGGCGGCCAGGAGCCGGGCACGGCCGAUGACAUCAAGAAGUUCGUCGCCAACUACAACGUGCGUUUCGACAUGUUCGCCAAGGUGAAGGUGAACGGCAGCGACACUGAUCCGCUUUGGGACUACCUGAAGAACAAGCAGGGCGGCACGCUGGGGAACUUUAUCAAGUGGAACUUCACCAAGUUCGUGGUGGAUCGUAAGGGCCAGCCCGUAGCGCGGUUCGGACCUGGCGACGACCCGAUCCCGGCCGUCGAGAACGCAGUGAAGAAGCUGCUCUGAGCGCGGAUCGUGAUCUGAGGCCACGGCCACCGCCGCCGCCGCCGUUGCCCGGAUUGUGACGUCACGGCCGGAAACCCGCCGAACGGGACGGUCGCGACCGAUGCCUGCCGGGCGACGGUGCUGGCGGCGGUGCCAGGCGCCCCCGUUCGUGCCAUACCCCACCCGACCCCAGCAUCCCGCGGUGCGACCGCCACCGUCAACCGAGCGGCCGCUGCCGCUGCGUUUGAAAAACCAUGGUGAUUUCGUGUGACCGCCGCCUGUCGGCCUGCUCCCUGUGUGACCCGUGCUGAUUAUCCGUCGGUCAGGGGCCCGGCUGAGCCCCUGUGACCCCGACGUCCGACCCGACAGGACCCCUCUGUACCUGGUGGCAGGCAGAGCGCAGCGAGAUGUGAAAACGGGCGGAGCGCAGCAUUAUCUGGAAACGGGCGAAGCGCAGCAAUAUCUGGAAACAGGCAGAGCGCACCGAUGCCUCAUUUAGUUUGUGUUCGAUCCGUUAUUCGUAUCAAGUCGUACCCAGGGCUGCUGAACCAGUUUCCAUGUAGACAGCAAUAAUGUAUUUGUUCAAGCGUUGUUUUCACGGAAUACACACGUGCCCACGCU